CCAGGACUCGACAGCGGAACUACAACUCCCCACGCGGUGGCCGCCCGGACUCCCGGAAGCCGAGGCCUGGCUUAGCGGAAGCCGCCGCGACCCCGCCAACAGGCCGGGUGUUAAUUCAGCUAGAAAAAGGGGGCGGGAAGGGCUGCGGGGCACCUGUCAGCUCGCCACCAUGAACGUGGUCUUCGCUGUUAAGCAGUAUGUCUCCAAAAUGAUAGAGGACAGCGGGCCCGGGAUGAAAGUGCUUCUCAUGGACCGAGAGACGACUGGCAUAGUGAGUAUGGUGUACACACAAUCUGAGAUUCUUCAGAAGGAAGUGUACCUUUUUGAACGCAUUGAUUCUCAAAAUCGAGAGAUCAUGAAACACCUGAAGGCAAUUUGUUUUCUUCGACCUACGAAGGAGAAUGUGGAUUAUCUAAUUCAGGAGCUUCGAAGACCUAAAUACAGUAUAUAUUUUAUUUAUUUCAGUAAUGUGAUCAGCAAGAGUGAUGUGAAGUCAUUAGCUGAAGCUGAUGAACAGGAAGUUGUGGCUGAGGUUCAGGAAUUUUAUGGUGAUUACAUUGCUGUGAAUCCACAUUUGUUUUCCCUCAAUAUUUUGGGUUGCUGUCAGGGUCGAAAUUGGGAUCCAGCUCAACUAUCCAGAACAACUCAAGGACUGACAGCUCUUCUUUUAUCUCUGAAGAAGUGUCCCAUGAUUCGUUAUCAGCUUUCAUCAGAGGCAGCAAAGAGACUGGCAGAAUGUGUAAAGCAAGUAAUAACUAAAGAAUAUGAGCUGUUUGAGUUCCGGCGGACAGAGGUUCCUCCAUUGCUACUUAUUUUAGAUCGCUGUGAUGACGCCAUCACUCCAUUGCUCAACCAGUGGACAUAUCAGGCCAUGGUUCAUGAACUACUAGGCAUAAACAACAAUCGGAUUGAUCUUUCCAGAGUGCCGGGGAUUAGUAAAGACUUAAGAGAGGUGGUUCUGUCUGCUGAAAAUGAUGAAUUCUAUGCUAAUAAUAUGUACCUGAACUUUGCAGAGAUUGGCAGCAAUAUAAAGAAUCUCAUGGAAGACUUCCAGAAGAAGAAACCAAAAGAACAGCAAAAACUAGAAUCAAUAGCAGACAUGAAGGCCUUUGUUGAGAAUUAUCCACAGUUCAAAAAGAUGUCUGGGACUGUAUCAAAGCAUGUGACAGUGGUUGGAGAACUGUCUCGGUUGGUCAGUGAGCGGAAUCUGCUGGAGGUUUCAGAGGUUGAGCAAGAACUGGCCUGUCAAAAUGACCAUUCUAGUGCUCUUCAGAAUGUAAAGAGGCUCCUACAGAACCCCAAAGUGACAGAGUUUGAUGCUGCUCGCCUGGUGAUGCUCUAUGCUCUACACUAUGAGCGGCACAGCAGCAACAGCCUGCCAGGACUAAUAGUGGACCUCAGGAAUAAAGGUGUUUCUGAGAAGUAUCGAAAGCUCGUGUCAGCGGUUGUUGAAUAUGGUGGUAAACGGGUUAGAGGAAGUGACCUUUUUAGCCCCAAAGAUGCUGUGGCUAUUACCAAACAGUUCCUCAAAGGAUUGAAGGGAGUAGAAAAUGUAUAUACUCAGCAUCAGCCUUUCCUACAUGAGACCCUGGACCAUCUCAUCAAAGGAAAGCUUAAGGAAAACCUCUAUCCUUAUCUAGGCCCCAGCACACUCAGAGACAGACCUCAAGAUAUCAUUGUAUUUGUAAUUGGAGGAGCCACCUAUGAGGAGGCUCUAACAGUUUACAACCUGAACCGGACCACUCCUGGAGUGAGGAUCGUCCUGGGAGGAACCACGGUGCACAACACAAAAAGCUUCCUAGAGGAAAUUCUGGCUUCUGGACUGCACAGCCGGAGCAAGGAGAGCUCUCAAGUCCCUUCCAGGCCAGCAAGCAGGAGAUGAGAUGAUGGUGGAGAACGUGGAGAACGGCACGGCUUCCCCCUGGCCCCCACAGCCUCCCACUGACCCGAGGGCUGGGAGAGGGUCUCGUGCUCUGGUUAGAAUUCAUCUCCUGGCACCUGUGGUUCCUGAACUGCUAGCACACACACCCAGACUCCCAGAGAUGCGCUCGCUGAGAAUAAGUCUGAACCCUUCCCAACCUACUUUUCCUGUGGUUUCUUUAUCGAGUAAAUGUAUUCCUUGUGUAUUUGACAGUACAAUCACUUCAGUUUAUGGUGGAUUUUGUUGGGAUCUUACUUGGGAAAAGAGUUAUCAGAGCCCAGGGGGUUUAAAAGUAAUCAUGUAUGUACAUGCCACCUUCCUCGAUUUCCUCUCUUCCCUUGGCCCUUUUUUUCUUUCUAUUAACCACAUGCCUGCACAACUCAGUUCUGAGAACUUACCGUGUGUCUUUAGAGAGCCAUCCAAAAAUUGUCCCUACCCUGGAACUUUCUGUGGCACUGAGAAACCAUGUAUGACCACAAUAAAAAAUUCAUUUUGUGAAGUGA